GACGGACUAAUCCUUCUCUGUAAUGUUUUCUUUUUCCUUUUUCAUUUAAUUUGUGGAAAAAGAAAAAGGAGUACAAGUAAGCCUCACUGCACACAUCCGUCUUCAGUAUUCCCUCUCAGAUUUCAAAGCAGCAAUCAUUUAUUUCAUUUUAUUUACGCUUUGAAAUCGCCAAACGUGAACUGUGGCCGAUAGGAGGCUAACGCUAGCUAGCUAACUUUUAUUAGCUCAUAUUCAGCGAUACAUCCUCGAGACGAGUCGGGACAAGACCAGUCUCAGGGCUCACCAUACUCAAUGAGCGUACAGCGCAAUGUCAGAGCGCUCUGGGCAAACGGCAAAGGGGAAGGAUGGCAAAACCAAGUAUGCGUCUCUCAACCUGUUUGAUACCUACAAAGGAAAGAGCCUUGAAACACAGAAGCCUGUUGUUCCCCCUCGUCAUGGCUUGCAGUCUCUUGGUAAAGUUUCCUCUGCCCGGCGUAUGCCUCCACCUGCCAACCUGCCCAGUCUGAAGGCAGAGAACAAAGGUAACGACCCCAACGUCUCGCUCGUUCCCAAAGACGGCACAGGAUGGGCAAGCAAGCAGGAACAAGCAGACCCAAAGAGUACCGAUGUAUCGUCAGCUCCGCAGCCGGAUUCGCAGCAGCCUGGGGCUUCACAGACGCCUGUAUUGACCCAACCGAGAACUCCCCCCGCUCAAGAGGCCCCGACUCCAGCUCAGGCCGCAGGAGUAAAGUCCUGGGCUCAGGCCAGUGUUACACAUGGAGCACAAGGAGAUGGUGGAAGGGGAUCAAACCAACCAUCGCCAUUCUCUCGCGAGGAAUUUCCCACCCUGCAGGCGGCUGGAGACCAGGACAAAGCUGGCAGAGAACAGGCCACUGCAGAUCAGUGGUAUGGGCCCGGACCAAGCCUCCGCCCCCAGAAUGUUACGAGUUGGCGGGAUGGUGGGGGCCGUGCCCUGGCGCCCACCCCUGCUGGGGAGGGGGUAUCGGAGGGCGGUUCUGGAGGAGCCAUGGUGAUGGAGGGUGCUGCCGGGGCCCCUUCCCUCCAGCAGAACGCGACCUCCCAUGGGCUACCUAGAAACCCUCCCGCCGGCAGCCCCGCCCUGCCUCUCCCCCAACCCCCCGUCGCCCCCCAGUUUGCAGCCUAUAGAGGGAUCAUGCCUCCCUUUAUGUACUCACCGUACUUGCCCUUCCCGCCACCUUACGGCCCUCAAGGGCCCUACAGGUACCCGCCACCAAAUGAGGCCCCUAGAUUCUCUCGUUCGCAGGGUGGACCAGGCCCAGACAGCCGUCCACCUGGGGGUCCUCGUGGCGAGGUUGUGAAACGUCCCUCUAUCCUAAAACAGGACGACUUGAAAGAGCUAGAUGAGCUUGACCAUGAUGGAGAUGAGGGCUGGGCUGGGGCACAUGAGGAGAUUGAUUACUCUGCCAAGCUGAAGUUCAGUGAUGAUGAGGGAGAGGAAGACGGGGAAGAGGAGAGGAGUGAAACUAAGAAUGGCACUCGGGAACCCAGAGAGCAGCAGAGAUCCCAAGAAGGACCCACCUCUGUGCUACGUUCCCGAACGUCUGACAGUGGAGGGGACACACGCCGCACCCCUCCCUCCAGUACUGAUGAUGGCCAGACACCUCCCUCCAGCAAGCCAGCAUGGGCCGAGGAGGGAGGUAGUGGCUGGGGAGGGCAAGGCAGCACUGGAUCUUAUCAGGGACGCAGGCCCGGACUGGGUGGCCCUCGGGAGCAGCCCUCCCCCCCACCAGGGCCACUUCUUGGACAGGGGCCCUACUCCUACUACCGACAGCAGGACCGGCCCACAAACCAGUCGGCAUCCGCUGGCCCUCCCGUGGCCUCACAGAAGCUUCCUGGUCCUCAGGGCCAGCAGCAAACUGGGCCCCUACCUGGCGGCCCCACCCCUCCACCUUCAUCCACCCUGCUUCCCCAGCCUCAGGGAGAGGAUGAAGACGAGGCCUGGCGGCAGAGGAGAAAGCAGUCGUCAUCCGAGAUUUCGGCUGCAGUGGAGCGUGCCAGACGUCGACGGGAGGAAGAGGAGCGGAGGAUGGAGGAAGAGAGGCGUGCUGCAUGUGCAGAAAAACUGAAGAGACUGGAUGAGAAACAGCAACAGCAGCAGACCGUCAAGCCCACUGCCGCUGGCGAGGCUCCCGCCAACAGCCCUAGCCCUUCUUUGUCAGCUUCUGCUUCUUCCCCUAAUGUCAGUCAGCCUCCGUCACCCUGCGUGGACCCUGAAGAGGCCCCCCUCUCGUCCUCUCAGCCUGGGAGCACAGCUGGAGCAGUUGUCAACAGUACUAACAGACAGAGGGCAGGCAGUAACAGCAGCUACGACUCCAACACUGAGUCUCAGCAGCUUCCUCAACCUCCAGCAUCCCAGCAGCCACAGCAGCAAACCUUGGACACAGCAGGGCCUGGGGAAGCCAAAGAGGAGACCGUGGGGGGUGGCGUCCACGUCCGGAGCUCCAGAGGUGGAGAGGACAAUGUUAAGGUGGAGAGUGUUGGUGGAGGAUCAGGAAGACAGGGCAGUGGGUCACUUGGUCAAGGUUUCUCCAAAUACCAGAAAUCUCUUCCACCACGUUUUCAGAGGCAGCAGCAGGAGCAGCUCCUUAAACAGCAGCAGCAAUGGCAGCAGCAGCAGCAGCAACAGCACAACCAAGCCUCAAACCAACUCCAGUCCCAGCCACAGGCUCCACAGGGGCCUUCACCUGGCUCUGCACCUCAAUCUGGCCCUAAGCAACCAACCCUCUACCCACCUGGGUCCAUGGGACGCCCACCUCAUCUUCCAAUGAACUUUGACCCCCGCUGGAUGAUGAUGGGCUAUGUGGACCCACGGAUAAUUCAGGGCCGUCCUCCACCCAUGGACUACUAUCCCCCCAGCAUGCACCCCACUGGCUUGAUGGGACGGGAACGCUCUGAUUCAGGUGGAUCAGGGUCAGAUCCCUUUGAUCGGCAGCAGCACGGAGGACCACCUCAUCCUCAUCGUGGGACACCUCCUAUGGAUCCAAAGUUGGCUUGGGGGCCAGAUGUGUUCCCCGGAGGGGGUGAGGGUCGGGGACUGAGCUCCCCUCUGAGGCAGAAGCAAGCUCUUGAGGAAGAGGAGAUUGGCAAAGGACCAAGGAGCGAUACCCCUCCAGUCCGUAUGCGUGAAGGAGGACCAGGUCCCAUUCAGCAGCCCAAUGCCCCUAACUCCCCUUCAGGCUCCUCUAACCAAACCCCACCACCUGUAGGGACUCAAGUUGGUGGCCAGGGAAGCAGCCAUCUUCCUCAUCACCAGUCCUUCAUGGGUGGACGGGGAACCUACAGCAGCUUCCCUGACACUGGAUCCAGGAUGGCAUCGCACCAGCAGCAAAGGAGCAACAGUGGUGGGACUUUGCAUGGCUUUGGCCAUCAGGAUGAGGGUCCUCAAGGGGGCCAGCAGGGGCAAAUCUGGGGUGCCCUGCACCACCAUUAUGACCGCAAUGGUCGUACUGAUCUCUCUCCUCUAGAGAACAGUCCCCAUGUUCAGCAUCACCAUGCCCCACACCCUCAUCCCUCUCAUUUCUCCCUCCAUCCUCAUAAGCAGGAGAAUGGUAGGGACCGGGAGAGAGUGGGGGAUCCCAAAAAGGGAGACCCCUCACCCCCUCUCCACCAACCGUCCCUCUCCUCCUCCUGCUCCUCCUCCAGCUCCUCUUCCUCAGCCAGAGAGGACGGCAGCGGAAAACAGCUGUUGCAUCAUACCCCUCCGAUUCAGCAUGAGCACGAUUCUGGAACUGUGCAGGGUGGUGGAAGGAAAAUGGACAAAGCAGGAAACGUCCACACACAUGGCCCUCAGUCAUCCCAGCAGCCAGUGCAGCAGCAUCACUCCAAAGGUGGUCAGCGUGGGCGGGAGCACAAGACUGAGACCCAAUGGGGCCCCCGACCUGGGAGCAGUAACAUGGGUGGCGGCUCCGCCCAUAACAGAAAGUCAGGCUCUGGUAUAGGUGGUAACACUGGUGGGGAUGAUUCAACCCAUCAGCUGUCUGAUAAGUCCUCUGCCCAGUCAGGAGGUGGCAACAAGAGGGCAGGACCUAUUAAAAGGCCCGUCCCAAAGGAAAUGAAGAGAGAGGCUGGUGAAGGGGAAGGGGGAGAAAAGACAGUUGGAGGCUCAGGAAAAGAUAAAGAGCAAGACGCUAGCCAAUUAUUAGCCAAGCAAGAUCAGACUUCUGGAUCUCAGUCAACCUCUGCUAAGGAUGACACAGCCCCAUCAGGCAAACCCCGAAAUGGAGGCAAGGAGCGAGCUGCAGGCGGAGGUGUAGGCAAAGGACCUAAAGAUGGAGAUGGCUCCAUUGCAGCGAGCUCCUCAGGUCCUCCGUCCAGAAGGGACAGGGAUCGCUCUAAUGAUAGAGGAGGAAGCGCAGGGGGGACCACUUACCACCCCUCCUCUAGGGGCAGUCGGUCAAGUCGCGGGCGGGGAGAGUUCUACGGACGAGGCAGAGGCUACAGGGGCACUUACACCGGCAGCACAGGAGGUGGUGGCAGCCGCGGAAGAGCAGGCGGCCGGAGCAGCAGAUCUGCAGCUAACAGUGGCUACCACGGGUCUGCCGCACAAGAUUACAGGAGGGAGAUGUCGUCGGGCAGCGGCAGGCACGGACAGGGAGGCUCACACCCGAAUCCUGCACGUGCCCGAAACCGCAGCGAAACCCGUAGCGAGGGCUCUGAAUACGAAGAGGUCCCAAAGAGGAGGAGGCAGAGAGGCUCGGAAACAGGUAGUGAGAGUGCUGCCAGCGACCUUGCCCAUUCAGACAAGGAGGACCGAAAACCUAAUGCCAGGAACGGAACAGGGAAUGACAACCCAACAAAAGGUAGUUCCUCCUCGUCGGCUCCGCCUAGAAGCUCCCAGGCCAGGGUGUUCACCCCAAGAGGUGUGCCCUCAAGGAGAGGCAGGGGUGGAGGUGGUGCCGGAGGAGGCAUCUACAGAAGCGGCGGCAGUGGAGGAGUAUCUGGCGGACACAGAUCUGGUUCUGCUUCUCACAGCUGGUCUUCGAAAUCUUCUGUGGCGGCUCGAAAGCAGCAGGCUCCCUCACAACCUUCCCCUCAGAAAGAUUCAGGCCGUGGAGCAGUUGGGGAUAAGAAGGAGAAGGUAGCAGACCAGAUUCAGUCUCAGGGUACAAAUCCUCCCACGUCCUCCAUUCCCGGUGCACCAACAUCUGUCCAGCCAGGGGCUACUGAAAACGGAGGUGUAGGGGCGCAGCUGCCCUCAACCAACCCCACUACGAAUUCUACCGGCCCUGCUACGCAGACAUUGUCUCAGCCUACUCCAGACGGGCGCGGUUACCCUCCCCGAGGAUUUGAACGUCCUCCGCGCCGUAGACGCCAGGGCCGGUCUCAACAUCAGCAAGACAAGCCUCCCAGAUUCCGACGGCUAAAGCAAGAACGAGAAAACGCUGCUCGGAUCAAUGGAAGUAGCAGGAUCAUCGGGAGCGGGGGCGGACAGCAGCAGCAGCGACCUACUUCGCCCUUACAGAAUUCCAUACAAGAGACAGAUGGUAGUGCACCUAACACAACUGGGGCUUCAGAUGCAAACCACAUUGUCACUGCAUCUACCAAUAAUAACAAUAACAGCAGUCACCUCGGGGGUGGGAACGUGAAUCUCAACAGCCACCAUCAUCAUCACUACCAGGGCAACGCUGGACAGACCCAUCUACAGCACCACCACAACCACAACCCUGCUGGGGGUGCCAAGUCCCCUGAUGUCUCCAACCAGAACUCAGACCAAGCCAAUGAGGAGUGGGAGACUGCCUCAGAGAGCAGUGACUUCACUGAGUUUCGAGAGAGAGAGGGGGGUGGUAAAUCCUAUUCCUCCCAUCACCACCACCAUCCUUCAGGAAGAGUAGGAGGUGGAGGAGGAGGAGGAGGCGGGGGAGGUGGUGAGCGAGAGAUGACGGCGAAAGAAUCGGCCGCUAACAAGAGAAGUUUCUCCAGCCAGAGACCCGGGAUGGAGCGGCAGAAUCGGAGGGUCAAUGCUGGUGGCGGUGGAGGUAGAGGCCCCAGGGGGCCGCCCAGUGGAGGUGGAGUUGGAGGGGGUCCCGGUAAUGGUGGGGCCAGUCGUGGUGAGAAGCGUGGUAACUGGCCCUCUCCCAAAAACCGGAAGUGAAGCGUGUGUGGGGUUUUUUUUUUCUUUUGUUUUGUUUUGUUUGUUUUUGUUAUUCAAAAACAUUUCAAAUGCAUCCCUUUCUUUCCUUGCCCUCUCUGUAGCCCUGUCUCAUAUCUUUUUGUCCUCCUCCCUUAACAUAGUAGCACAUUCUUGUACAAAUGCAUAGCUAAGGAGACAGUGAACACAUUCGUUAUAUUUCCCUUUCCUGUCUUUUUCUUUUUAUCAGCCGUUGUACGUCUCAUUAUUGUAAAUUCACACUGCUCCCUUUCAUGCCCCCCCCCACCCCGCUUCUCCCAGUCUUACUUGGAAUGAUUUUACUCAUACUUGAUCCCAUUUUAAAUGUUAACAUCCUUUGAAUGAAACUUACGAGCAUAAAGACCCAUUACAUGUUUGCAUAUACAAGCACAGUAUGACAUCACCCAGACAUGCAGCGUGUCACACAAUCACACGUUCAUAGUAACAGCUGACAGAUGAGUGGCUUGACAACAUAUGAGAAGAAGGCCGAUGUUUGUCAUGUGCGUCUGUAUUUAUACAACAUUGGGGCGGGUGGGGGAGGGACAGGGUUGUGUACUCAGUAUAGCUGUUCUGGAAAUACUCCUUCAAGGAGGGACUAUGGUGAUUCUUACUUUGUAACGUAGAUUUAUUUCUCCUUUGU